AUGUCUCUCGCAAAGAACAUCCUCCUAUUCGGAGCCACAGGAACAAUCGGCUCCUUCAUCCUAGACGCUAUCCUCCCCGUACGCGAUCAAUUCAACCGCGUUGCAAUCUUCACUUCCGCGCAUACAGCCGAAACCAAAGCCGAGCACCUGGACAAGCUGAGGAAGCAAAAUGUGGAGAUUAUAAUCGGUAGCGUGGAAGAUGAGGAGGCUGUGAAAGCCGCAUAUGAAGGAAUCGAUACGGUAAUCUCAGCUCUAGGCCGCAACACCCUGGCCCAGCAGAUUCCCCUCAUUCGCCUAGCAGCCGCCAGCGCAAGCGUGAAAUGGUUCCUGCCCUCGGAAUACGGCACAGAUAUUAAAUACGGGCCUGCAUCCGCACAUGAGAAGCCGCACCAACAGAAAUUGAAGGUGCGCGCAUUCAUCGAGAAUGAGAUCUCGCGUGAUGAUCUUUCAUACUCGUAUGUUGUCACUGGUCCAUUUGCCGAGAUGUAUCUGGAUCUUGUUCCUGGACUGGAGGAGGCCGGAGGCUGGGAUGUUAAAGCUCAGAAGGCGGUUCUGCUUGGGGAACGAGGGGAUGAAGAGAUCAGUUUGACGACCAUGAAGGAUGUUGGAACGCUGGUUUUGAAUACCCUUCUCCACGCCACAGCCGAAACACGCAACUCUGCUCUAUGUGUGAACUCGUUCACGACGACUCCGGGAAAGAUCCAGGCCGAGUUUGAGCGCCAGACUGGGCAGAAGUGGGAGUCUGUUUCUCGGACUUCAUUAGCGCGUCUGCGCGAGUUGGAGACGCAGGCUUGGGAAGCUGGGAAACCGGCUGCUACGGUUCUGACAUUGCGACGGAUCUGGACCGAGGGCGGGACGUUGUAUGCGGAGCGGGAUAACAAGGCAAUUGGAGAGCCAAAGGUUAUGGGGUUGGAGGAGGUCGUUGCGAAUGAGAUUCAGCGGGGAUCGAAGCUGUAG